UUGCUGUUAGAAGGUGAACGGUUUGGGAAAGAAUUUAAUUUCUAUAAAAGUGCAAACACCGCAGCUCUAAUGAGCCUUCAUUCUGCGAUUUAAGAUUCGUCAAAACCCCUUUGAAACACAGUUUAUCAAAAGUUUUAAGUUUAUGUGAUACAGCAUCAACGAUUCGACCAGCCUCGGGCACCGUAGAAAAACAUGGGCAAGAAAAAGGCCAAUCAGCUCGGUCGCUCGUUGAUUAAGGACCGUUUCGGCCAUGGCAAUCGUAAAACGGUGGAUAACGGAAGUAUGCUUCACACGACCGAGGUUCAGGAUGGGUACGAUUGGGGUCGCUUAAAUCUGCAAUCCGUGACGGAGGAGUCGUCUUUUCAAGAGUUUCUACGUACGGCCGAGCUGGCUGGCACUGAGUUUCAGGCAGAGAAGCUCAAUAUUACCUACGUGAACCCAAAGUCCAAGGUAGGUCUGCUGACCACGAAUGAGCGUGUGGAAAUCGUCAAGAAGCAGGUGGGCAAAAAGGAUCUGUUGAAAAUACCUCGCCGACCAAAAUGGACCAGAGAGACGACGGCCGAAGAGCUUUUGAUGGCUGAGAAUGCAUCCUUUCUCGACUGGCGCCGGGGUCUGGUGGCGCUGCAGGAGCAGGACGGUAUGCUGAUGACGCCGUACGAGAAGAACCUGGACUUCUGGCGUCAGCUGUGGCGAGUGGUGGAACGGAGCGAUAUUGUGGUACAAAUUGUGGACGCACGCAACCCACUGCUGUUCCGGACGGAGGACUUGGAGAAGUACGUCAAAGAAGUGGAUGAAAAUAAGAUGAACAUGAUUCUUCUCAACAAGUCCGAUUUCCUCACCGAGGACCAGCGGAAACACUGGGCGCACUAUUUCGACGAACAGGGCAUUCGGAUAGCGUUCUACUCGGCCGUACUGGCAGCUGAGGAAGCGAAACGGGAAGCUGAAAAGGCUCAAAGCGACGACGAAGGGCUGGACGAAGAAGAACGACUUGUAAAGGAACGGUUAGACAAUCUAAAACUCUCCGUCGACAAGGCCGAAAAAACGCUGGAGAAGCUGGAGGAAAAGAUUGAAGAUUUUGCCAACGAUGAAAAAAAGGAGGGCACCAAAAACAGUUGGAAGUUGCUCACGAACGCUGAACUCAUUGCCCUAUUUAAAAGUCUCCAUCAUGCCGAACGCGUUACGAAAGAUGUCGUAACGGUUGGGCUGGUCGGGUAUCCGAACGUGGGCAAAAGUAGUACCAUUAACGCCGUUUUUCUAGAGAAAAAGGUAUCCGUUUCCGCUACGCCCGGUAAAACCAAACACUUCCAGACACUGUUCGUCGACAGUGAGCUCAUGUUCUGCGACUGUCCCGGGCUGGUGAUGCCAAGCUUUUGCACCACCAAAGCGGACAUGAUCCUGAGCGGCAUUCUACCGAUCGAUCAGAUGCGGGACCACGUGCCGCCAGUGAAUCUGCUCUGCACGCUUAUUCCACGACACGUGCUCGAAGACACUUACGGCAUAAUUAUCACGAAGCCUUUGGAAGGCGAGGAUCCUAAUCGUCCGCCGUACUCCGAAGAACUGUUGCUAGCGUUUGCGUACAAUCGUGGCUUUAUGACAGCCAACGGGCAACCGGACCAGUCCCGCGGAUCACGCUACGUUCUUAAGGAUUAUGUCAACGGAAAAUUGUUAUAUUGUCAUGCCCCGCCCGGGGUGGAGCAGGAGGAGUUCCAUCGUUUCCAGGCUCGACAAAAGGAUGAAGUGGACGUCAAACUGCUCCCACCAAGGCAGCAGCGGGCAAUUAAGAUGAACAUCAAGAAAACAGGCACGGACAUCGACGAACAGUUUUUCAAGGAGCGAACGCACGGAGGUCAAGUGAAGGGGCGCAGUGAUUUUCCCAACGUCCGGCCAAUUGGUGCACAAAUUUCAGGUGGACCUGGGGCCUCUGCUGACGGCGUCAUCAUAGCCGGAAAACCGUGGAAGCAUCAGAAACGAGAAAAGCGAGAUAAACUUCGUCGAAAGUAUGCCUAUUUGGAUCAGCAUUAAACUGUUGUGUGAUUAUGAAAUGGUAAUGAAGUUCUAAGGAUUUAUCCUCGUAAGUGGUCCUUUUCUAUAACUUUGGUCAAAUAGUUUGCCAAGAACACGUCGUUUCUAACAGACUGCUUAUUUCGUGAACGUUCUCUAGAGGCCCAUUUUGUCAGUUUGGUGGAGAUUACUUACUGUUUUAGAUGGUCCUGUAAAUUUAUCUUCGUUCAAUAAAAAAAAAUUGGUACACUAAACACAUAAAAAAGUUUUGAAUAUUAAAU